GCGCUUUACAGGAGGGCCUGUAAGUAACGCUUUAGGGUUAAUAUCAAGGAACUGUGGAUAGUAUCAUGGACUGAGUUAGCUGUUCUAAGUUUGAGCCAUCACAGUGUCAGCAGCAAUCAGAAGAAAAUGCGAACAUUUGUCUCAAUAGCCCAGAACGCAUGGGGAAUUUUUAUAUCUGAAAGGAAGCCUGGCUGGAAGUAUCUGAUGCAGCUUUUUGCAGUUUGCUCUGCAGUUGGCUUCCUCUCAAGCUUUCUCUUAUUCCUUGGCAUGCACUUCUCCCUGGCACACCACCCUUUGGGUCCCUUACUGAUUUCUGGAUUCGUCUGGAUUUCACUUUCUAUCGCGCUGUCCUGUUUCAAGCACCUGCGCUGUUUUAGUGUCCUGUUCCUCCUUUCUUGUGGAUUGCAAAAUGGCAGGAAUGCUCUUAUUACUGCUGGCACAGGUGUUGUGGUGGCCGGCAACAUCCAAAAUAUUUUUCACAACCUAAAGAUUCUGGCAGACAGUAUAACCUGUCAUUUAGAGUAUGAGCAAUUUGCCUUGAUAAAAUAUUAUGUUGAGGCAGUAAAAUGGAUUUACGAGGCGGCCAAGCUUUCCACUGAACUAUCUAAACAGAUAGUGUUCCUAAGGCAUGAAUUCGCACCAUCUUAUUCAAUUUCAGAUGAUGCAUUAAAACAAGAGCUAAAUGACACAAAGCAAGAAAUCCAGAGAGUUGCCAACCAGAUAUCUUUCAUGCUGACUGUACUGCCCUAUAUAGGCCAGAAAGCACUGCCUAUAUUGGGGAUUUUUCUAGCUUCUUUUGGAACUGGCCUCUUUAUCAAAAAAUUUGUGGGCUCUCACAGUGCCAAAUUUAAGAAUACUUAUAUCACAAAACAGUUCAUUGCAUUUGAUGAGCACCAAAAGCAACAGCAACGACCCUGUCUUCUGCCACUUAACAGAAAAGAAAGAAAAGAUUAUGUGACAAUCCCAUCUUUCUGCCUCACAAGGAAGGACAGAAAAAACAUGCAGCGGUUUUUUCUCCCUGUAAUUAUUCAUCUUUGCAUAUGGCUUCUGUUUGCGGCAGUAGAUUAUUUGUUUUAUUGGUUAAUUAUUUCUGUGAAUAAACAUCUCCGAGAAGUACCGGAUCUAGAGAUUCAACUCAGCCUCUUUCAGCAAAGGAAUGAGAAUAGCUUUAUCUUUCAUAUGACAGAGCACAUUCAAAAGACUGAUCCUUUCAAGAUCUCUUUGUUUAAGCAUGACUGCAUCCCUCAGCCAGAGCUCGCUCUUUCCACAACAUGGAUCCAGCUUGGAGUCAUCAUCUUCUUCUUAAUCAUUUUUGGGUUAUUCUCUGGCCUCCUGACUCAACUUAAAAUACUGGUGUCAACUUCAUUUUAUCCUGACACUGAGAUGAAACGGAUACAUUAUUUGCAUGCAAAAUUACUCAAGAAAAGAGCAAAGCUACAAGAGAAAACUGGGAAGAACGGGUUUGCUAGAACGGUCAACUUUUGGUUUCCAAUACUCAAGGCAAGAGAGGCAGUGAGGAAGAAAGAAAGGAGUGUGGCAAAUGACAGCAUGGUGUGAAAGAGACCAAGUGAAUCUUUGGAUAAGGCUGAGAUGCUCUAGCUCCACAGGGACCUGUGUUUCGCACCCAUCUUUCCUAUGGAAUGUCAAUUUUAAAAUGUAAAAAAUAGGACCAAAGACUAAUCAUCAGUAUUUUUGGAAAAGUGCAGAAAAGAAGCCACAGGAGACAGUGUGCUCUCCACCACAGAGAGAUCUGGGUUGACAUUAAUACUUGUUUUUCAACUUGGGGUCUGCAUUGUCUGGUACUUUAGAAACCUGUGGAGGGUCUGUUCUUCUGUGUAAAAGCAAUCAAACAGCUUGGACCUUUUAGGACUACAGCACAAACCUCUUUGCGUUGAGCUAACAGAGGACAUAAUGGCAGUAGCAGGCUUCUUGUCUUCACGUUUGCCAGACACUGAAGAUAGAAGACACAGCAGAGGCUGUUCAUUGGCUUCUGGGCUAGCCAAAAACCUAACUAGAGGGCUUAGAUGUUUCUAGACAUUUCUAUUUCUCAACCCUCAACUGCCCCAAACCCUUCAGCCGGGUUCUUUCCCAUCCCUAGCUUCAUAUACCUGCUCCUGCCUCUGUAGUCAUCUCUUCUGCAGGGCCAGUGGUCUACAUGCCCUCUCAAUCUUCUAGCCCAGCCAAACUCUCCCUCCCACCUUGGCUCCCCCACUUACUUCUGCUGAUUUGUCUCUCCAAAGCUUCUAAUCCUAGUUUCCUACCUGGAAUUCUUCACCUGUUCUUAGUCUCCCACUUUCACAUAUCCAUAGACUGUAUCGCUAGUGCAGAUUGUCCUGUAUCUUUGAUGAUCAUGAGACAGGUAAUGUAGCACAUGCAGAAGUGGGAAUGCUCACAAGAGCUAUAAUACAGAGGAAUCAGGUGCUGUGGGUGCAAACAAGCUGGUUUUGAGGUAUAGGGGCAUACGAGCAGAGGUGAACAAUGCUUUGAAUCUUGCAGUCCGAGGGAGCCUGCAGAAGUGGCAAAAAUGGGCUUAAUUAUGUUGAUAAAGCCACCAUUGACUUCAAAGAAACAAAACUGAGCCAAUACUGAGUGCUUCACCUAUUCAACUAACAUUGGUGAUGUGACCAUAUGACACAAGAACAAAUGCUAAAAGCAUAAAGACAUAGGAACGACUUGACUGACGUGGCACUAGAGAUUUAAUGUAGAGCUAAAAAUCUACCCAACAGGCAGUAUACUCUUGAUUUUCAGCCACAGCCAAAUUCUUUCUUUAGGUUGCGUAAUAGCAAACUCUACUCUGUUCCUCUAUAAUACGUGCAUGGUCCCAGGACAGCUAUUGAUCGAUGUCUCUGUUAUCGGAAUGAAUAAAGACAGUAGCAAGUGUCAGAAGUUAUUUUCCACUUGAAACACUGAAAAACACCAAGUCUUUUUUUCUUUGGGUCUUCGAAACGAAGCCUCACUCCUCCAUGGACACAGGUAGUUCAGGUUGCUGCCAAUAAUUUGUCUGUAGAAAAUGAGGUGCUAGAUUAAAGCCAUGCAUUAUUGAGGGUUGUGCUGAAUGUCUCCGAGUGGCCUGACUAUGUCCUCUUUUGCUAAAGCAGGACAGCCUUGGAUAGUAGCAGAACAUCGUUUAUAUCCCAGGUACUACUGUCAAGGACCAGUAGCAAGAAGCAUUCAGGUGAAAAAGAAGCAAAAUGAAGGUUGCUCUAAAUUUGUUUUCACAAAACAGACUAGCUGUCCAGGUACUAUUGACAAGUGGAUAUAUUUGUUCACUCUUGUUAUCAUUGCAGAUGAAAGCUGAAGAGUUAAAUGUCAGCAAAAGCUGAGCAUUUUUGGUUGCGUUCUGACAAGUUCAUUGCUGGUAGGAGUUGGAUAUGCUCCUUUCAGUCCCAAAGGACAGGCUGCUCUGGUGAACAUUUUACCUAGAUACUUGACCCCACCAUUGGUGACAAAAGACAUGGAAAAGCCCAAGGUACUUCUUUGUCAGGUCUUGACAGGUAAGACUGAUCUUUAGUCAUACCAGGCCCCUCAGACCAGAGGGAAAGUCUGGAGCAAGACUUACCCCCCAUGAAGCAUGACAUGGUUAGAGAGCACUUAAACACACUGGACGUAUUUAAGUCCACAGGACAUGAUGGCAGGCACCCAUGGGUGCUGAGGGUGCUGGCUGGUGUCAUUGUGAGGCAACUCUCAACUAUCUUUGAAAGGUCAUGGUGAUCAGGAGAGGUUACUGAGGACUGGAAGAAAACAAAUGUCACUCCCAUCUUCAAGAAGGGCAAGAAGGAGGAUCUGUUAAACUACAGGUUUGUCAGCCUCACCUCAAUCUGUGGGAAGGUGAUAGAGCAAUUUCCCCUAGAAGCCAUUUCCAAACAUAAAGUCCAUGAACUUGGCUAGGAUAUCACCUAAACAUAAGAAGAACUUUUUUACUGUGAGGGUGGUCAAACACUGGAACAGAAUGCCCAGAGAUGUUAUGGAGUCUCUAUCCUUGGAGAUAUUCAAAACCCAAUAGACAUAGCUCUGAGCAACUCAGAGCAGCGGGGCUGGAACAGAUAUCUCCAGAGGUGACUGCCAGCCUCAGCCACUGUGUGAUUUGGUGACUUUUACACAAAGCAUUGCAGAAAACAUAUUAGGCAUACACAGCAAAAGCUUGUGUUAAUUUGUGAACGUGCUGUGCCAGCACCAGGGUGGCACCUGACAGAUAUUGUUGCCAUUACACUCAUACUGGAGUCACGCACUUGAGUGGACUAAUGCACUGUUUGCUUCUGUGACCAUACACAUGCAUACCCGUGUGCUGAAGGCAGGCAAAGGAGACAGGUUGCUCUUCACCCAUCUCCCUAAACCUGGGUUACCAGGGAAAAUGGUAUAUUCUGCACAUUUUCAUUUAAAUUCUAAAAGAAAUUCACCUUUGGUGCCUCAAAGACAUUGAGGUUUAUCUCAGUGGUAGAACAGUUCUUACCCUGAUCCACAGUACUUACCCUGAUCCACAGUAUUAGGUGUAUGCCCUCAGCUGCCCAGUGGUCCUCUUUAGUCAUACAGAUGAAGAGGCAGGUCUGUCUCUCCACUGGUAUUAUACAGAGACAUACCUCUCAUUCUCUGCAGACCUUACUUGGUUUCUGUUUUCUUCCACUUGUUUCUGUCCUGUGAGCUGGGGAAGUCUGGAGGUUUGUUUAUCUUCAGCUGUCUCCUCUGUAAGUUGUUCAGCUAUUCCCUUUGCCUCGCUGUUUACCAUAACCCUCAACCACAUGAUUACAUUGUUCUUUUUUC